AUGAGCGCGUGCCCCAAUCGGCUCACCAAGGAGGCGGUGAAUGAAGCCUGUCGCUUCCUGAACAAGGCUGGUGGCUUGGAACUGGAGUUUGUGGACUUGCUUGGAGCGAUGUCUGACUUCAAGCAGGACGUUCAGGAGAAGCAACGCAGCGCGGGAAAAACCCGUGCUUUGCGGAUGGACGUCCCCGCAGAUGUGCUGGGCAUGGACUUUCACUUCUUGGACGCACUUUGCGCUGCUCAAGAAGAUGACGGCUUCAAGAGCAGCAUGACUGAGCACCACCGCAAGAUUGUCGACGGCUCUUGGGUGUUCAACAGGGAGCGCUUAGGCAAAGAGCAGCUCCGCUUGCAAACUUGCAAGUGCCUGGACAUCCUGUUGUCCGAGUACAAGGCCAUGAACCCGACUGCAGAGGCUCCAGAUUCGGCAGAAGAAGUUAGUGACGACAAGCCGGUCCCUGCCGACGUGCGCGCGAACUUGUUGAAGGUGGUGGGGGUUGCUUUGGCUUCGUUUUUGGACGGCGCAGUGUACGCAGGCUUUUUGCCGACCAUUUGCUACCAGAUGGAUGGCUCUAGGAUCUUUGCAAGUAUGGACUUGAAGGAGGCCUUGGCGGGCGCGGAGCGCAAGUUGCAGGCGGAAGCAGCCAAAGCAGAAGGUGCUCCAGCCGCUGAACCCCCAUCUCUGGCAGACGCAGUGCAGUUCUUGAUGGAGUGCCCUCAGGGCUUGGACCUCGAGAACUCAACCCUGAUGACUGGUUGUUUGUACCCCGGAGACAUUGCAAUCCUUCCUGCAGGGGUGUUGCUCGUCGAGCGUGCUCUGGGCGACUGCUGCGCCAUCCGCGUCACCAGCGGGCUUUCUUCUGGACACGCGCUGGAGGCCUUGGAGCUGGCGUCCAAUUACAGCUCGCCGCUUGGCUUGAUGGCAGGCUGCAAGAAGCAGAAGCAUGCACAAAGACGGGGGCAGAAGCGAGCUGGUCCAAACCUUGAGACGACCCCUGCCUGCAAGAAGAUUUGUGCUGCAGAGCAGGCAGCGGCUGCGGAGCCUGAUGCUGAGAGCGCCAAGGAGGAGAGGGAGAAGGCUGCGCUGGCUGAGGCUGGGCAGCAGGCAGCUGGUGAUGCUAUCAAGCCCGCCGCUGUAGGUGAGGAGGAGAAGGCAGAAGAGGAAGCAGCCCCGGCCACACCUGAAACAAAAGCGGGCUUGGCUGUGGAGAAGGCUGUUUUUCAGAAGAAGGAGAAGGCCUUGGCCGCAGCCAAGGGUGCUGAUGCUGACUUUGAAGAAAAGGCUGCGGCUGCGGUUGAGAACAAGGUUGACUUGGUUCCGGGUGCUGACAUGCAGAGUGCUGCAAACGUGGAUGCUUCGCCGGCCACAACCAAGGGUGCUGAUGCUGCCUGCGCGCAGAAGGCUGCGGCUGAGGUCGAGCUGGCGGCUGCUGAUGCGGAGGAGGCUGCAAGGGUGGCGCCGGCCACAAUCAAGAGUGCCGAUGCUGUGGCUGCUGAUGUGGAGAAGGUUGCAAGGGCGGCGCCGGCGCCGGCUACAAUCAAGCGUUUCGCAGAGAAGGCUGCGGCUGUGGAGGUUGAGCUGGGUGA